GCACGAUACAAUCCAGCGUAGAUCUAUCUUCUAAAACCAAAAAAUGGAAAUUUCAGACGACGGAGAAAACAUUGAUGAAGGUGAAAUGUUGGCAGAUAAAAGCAGAAGCGAGGAAAGUCAGUCUUCUCAAAGGGACAUACAACUAAAUACUAGUACCACAGCAGAGAAAGCAGAAGAUACGGCAAGCGAGACUGAUUCAAAUAGUAAGACAGAUAAGCUAGAAAAAUAUCUUGAAGAUAUUUACAAGAAAUAUUGCAAGCUAUCUAUUGAUGAGGCAGAAAUAGAAUUCAUUCGAAAUGGUGUUGAACGACUGACCCUCGAGUACAUUCAGAAAACAUACCCACAUAUGCGUUGCAAGGAAACUUCAUGCAAGGUCAAACAUUUCAGUGAAAUAGAACUUGUAAAGGUCGGGAGUUUUUAUGAAGGAACUAGGAAUGGUUAUCCAGACGAGUUUGAUUUUAUUGGUGUGUUAGGAACAGUGGACGAAGAGCCUGACGAAAAUACAAAUUUACAUCUUCGGACGGGAAUUUGUACGCAUUGUGAAAUAUAUCAGUCUGGUGAAUUUCCCGAUGCAUCGAUCAGAUUUAAUUUCACCUAUGGCUCAAGAACUCAUGGGAAAGCCGAAAGAUUAGAGUAUUUAUACAGGAAAGGCAGUGAAGAAAUUACAAUUGACGUGGAUGUUGUUACUGCAUUGAGAUGUUACAAUACGGAAAAAUAUUACACAGGGAAAGGUAUUUUCAACAAAGAAAUAUACCAUGAGAUUCUGAACACUGGAAGUUUUCUCUUUAUUUAUACAGGCUUAUCCGUUUCAUCUGAUAAAGGGACACCUUCAGAUGUGAGUGAAAUACGGGCAGAUGAUGUCUCUAGCAAAGGUCCUUGGGAUAAAACAGUCACAGAAACCGAAAAGCGCUUAGUAAGGGAUGUUCUGAGCAAAACGCACAGGAAAGUUUAUCGACUUCUGAAAUAUAUCAUCAACGGACCUUUUGGAGAGGAAUUGUUCAAACAUCUUAACGACGUUCCACACUUCCGCUUUCGAUUUUCUGAUGUCCUCGGGACUGGUUUCUGCAUCUCCUCUUAUGCUAUAAAAGUUGCAAUUAUUCACCAUCAUUAUAAAUGUGACAAUAAUUCGGAUGAGUUAGGGGACUGUGUUUUUAAAAUACUAAUGUACAUUUUGUUGGCAUAUGAACAACGUGAAUGUAUUAUUUCAAUGCACUCCUUGCUUUAUCUGAACGAGUGUGGAUCAUUUAUAGGGCGAGGAAGUUAUGCGUUUCUAGGAAACUUUUACUGGUGCUUAAAUGCAUUUAUCAACCGAUUAAAGUCACUGGAAACCGCUGGAGGAUUGAACAAAUGUACACACGAACUUGAAGACUCCUUCAUGGAAAUGGCUCUUCGUCUGGAUAUAUUUCGAAAUUAUGAGAAAUACUUGUCACACAUGAAUGAUAAAUAUUCAGAUCAGAGGGCCCUUUUGCCAGAGAGGUCGGAAUUUGGCAGACUGGCGAAAAAGGUCAAGCAUUAUAAAGAGAAACGGAAUGCUAUUCCCGAAUGUCCGUGGUGUGAUUAUCCGAUAUUCGUAAUGGCACACAAAAGAAAUCUUUAACGUGUUGAUGCACAGACAACCGUGAUACGUUUUUAGCUCGACUAUUCGAAGAAUAGUCUAGCUAUUCUACUCACCCUGGCGUCGGCGUCGGCUUCACACCUUGGUUAAAGUUUUGCAUACAAGUACAUAUGGCUAUCAUUUAAAGGUAUAUAGAUAUGAAACUUAUUUUUUCUUUUUCUAGGUCAAUUACUAACCUCACUGGGUCAAGUCCCAUAACUCUGAUAUGUAUUUUGGCUAAAUUAUGCCCCUUUUUGGACUUAGAAAAUCCUGGUUAAAGUUUUACAUGCAAGUUACUAUCUCCAACACUAAUGCAGGUAUUGAAUUGAAACUUCACAUGUGUCUUCGGGGUUAUGAAACUAGUUGACUGCAUCAUGUCCCAUAACUCUGACGUGCAUUUUGGCCAAAUUAUUCCCCCUUUUGGACUAAGAAAAUCCUGGUUAAAGUUUUGCGUGCAAGUACAUAUGGCUAUCAUUUUAAGUCAUAUAGCUUUGAAACUUAUUUUUUCUUUUUCUAGGUCAAUUACCAACCUCACUGGGUCAAGUCCCAUAACUCUGACAUGUAUUUUGGCCAAAUUAUGCCCCUUUUUGGACUUAGAAAAUCCUGGUUAAAGUUUUACAUGCAAGUUACUAUCUCCAAAACUAAUGCAGAUAUUGAAUUGAAACUUCACAUGUAUCUUCGGGGUUAUGAAAAUAUUUGAUUGCAUCAAGUCCCAUAACUCUGACCUGCAUUUUGGCCAAAUUACGCCCCCUUUUGAACUUAAAACUUCUGUUUAAAGUUUUGCAUGCAAGUUACUAUCUCCAAAACUAAUACAAAUACUGGAUUGAAACUCUAUAGAUAUUUUAACAUUUAGGGUAUUAUUCCUGCUUCUCGGACAACGAUUCGAAUAGUCGAGCACUGGCUGUCUUACGGACAGCUCUUAUUUUAUCAAAAACGGAAUACUUCAACAGUCUUUUUUGGUCUCGUUAAAGACAUUGAUGAAAAAAAAAACCCAUAGACCAGCCUAUUUUGUUACAGGCGGUUUGGAUGGAAAUAACAGCAUCAACAACAGUAUAUAUGAUACACACUGUAAAGAUGAAAAUCAAGCAGAAUCAAACCAUUACAUAUAAUCUGGAUAAAAGUGGUCGGUACACAUUCUAAAAACUUAUGAUAAAAAAAAUCUGAUUUUAGUGUUUUCUUUAAUAGUGUACGCGUUUUUAUUGUUUCGAAGUUUUACCCUUUUCAACAUGUUCAAGGGCCUAUAGAUCCAGGGUGCUCAGAUGUUUUCCUAGUAUGUUUGACUCCGUGUGAUUUCUGCCAUUUCUGAUUCUUUUUCGAUAAAUACAUUCAAGAAAG